AUGUUAAAAUUAGUUAGCAUAUUGCUGCUGACAUUGUUGUUAGUGAAAUCAACGGAAAUUCAUGGAACCAUCAAUGUGAAAGUUAUAUUACCGAAUUAAAUUUCCGCAUAAGAAUCGAGUGGAGAACUUGAUAAAGCAUAUAGAUAGAAUGAAUUACUAGAGAAUUCAGUAAUGAAAGAUAUUGCUAUGUAUUAAUGCAUUCUAUUCAGCUUAGAAGUUUUCUUGAAACAGGUAGGUCUGUUGAAGUGAACGAAGUAAAGGAUAAAUCCAUUGAAAUUUGGUCACAAAAAUCAUUGGAAAUAGAAUAGCAACCCCUAAUGAAAGCAGAAUAGAAAAGUGAAAAUGCAAAAACUAUUGAAGUCAAAUCUGAUUAAGUAAAUAAGGAAUCAGAAAGCUAAUAAAAGAAAUUAUCCAUUAAAGUACAAAAAAUAGACAAAAAAUAAGUUGAGUAAUCAGCUAGUGAUGUUAUUGCCAAUCCAAAUAAUAAUGUAGAAACAAAAGACAAUACAAGCUAACCUGAUAAAUAAAAAGAAGCUUCAAUAUAGUAAAAGAAAUUUUCAGUUUCCGUAAGCAAAAAACAAAAAUCAGGAGAGUAAAGUGCUAACCAAUAGGGAUAAGAGGUUUAAAAUGAAUAACCUUAAAAUGAGAAUAAAGAAGAUGCCCAAGAAUAGAGAUAAUAAAAUAUUGAAGCAGCAAAUAAAGAUGCUGAAGUAUCAUCUAAAGAUAGUACUUAAGAAUAAGAUGCAUCUGUUGAGGUUGAGAAUUCUUAAAUAGAAUCUAAGAAUAUUGAAGCAACCAAUUAAGUUGAAUCUAGCAAUUCAUCUUAAGAAGUAAAGGCAGACGAUUAAUUGGUAGAGAAUAAUGAUGAAAACUAAGUUGAAACUUAAAUCGACAAUCAAAAAGAAGCUUAAGAUGAAACUGCAAAUGAAUCCACUUAAGAAUAAUAAAAUUAAAUUCCAGCAUAAUAAAAUGAAACAGAAUAACAAUAAAAGGAGAAUGUUGUAUAAAAAGAAUCUGCUGAAGUCGAAACUUAAUAAUAAUAAGAAUUGAAUACUUUAUAAGAUAAAAACAUUAAUAAAAUAUCUGUUGAGAACAAAAAAGAUGAAACUGAAUAAUUGACUAAAGAGGAUGUUUAAAAUGAGGUUGUGAUUCAAGAUAUUAAAAUAGAAGCUUAACCAAUUCAAUAAGUCGAUGACAAGUAAUAAUAAGCAGAUACUAAUAAAGUUGAUGAUGCAGAGAUUUUAAUAAAAUCAGAUGAAGAGAUCAAGGUUGAUCCAGUAGCAUCAGAUUCUAAAGAUUAAGGGGAAGAACAUGAUGAUUCUGCUGAUGAAGUUGAGGAGGAAAAUUCAAAUAAUACAGAAACCAAAUAAAAUUAAGAUGAUAAAGGAUAAGCAACUGAUAAUUAGGAUGAGUCACAUAAUCAACCAAUAGAGGAAAAUACCUAAUGCGAUGGUGAAGAAUUGGAUACUGUACAUGCAUAGGAAAGUAAAAAGGAAGUUUAAGUGGAAGCAGACACUUAAAAUACAAUUGAAUAAAAAUAAGUAGAAGAUGUUAAAUAAUAAGAAGUAGUUUAAUAAUAAGAAGAUAUCAAAUAAGAGGUAGUUUAAUAAUAAGAGGAUAUCAAAUAAGAGGUAGUUUAAUAAUAAUAAUAAGAUGUAUAAUAAUAAUAAGAAAUUAAAUAAUAACCAGAGGUAAAAUAAUAAUAAAAAUAAGAGAUCAAAUAAUAAUAAAAAGUAAAUUAAGAGAAAAACAAGGAUUCUAAUAAAUAAAAGUAAGCUGAAGCACCUGAUUUCAUGGUAAAGAAGAAUUAAUUGACUAAGAAAAUGAAGGAAGUUAUUAGUGAUAUGAAAUAAACAGAUAAAGCUCCUUAAAACAAAUUGUAUAGUUUGAAUGUUUCAAAUUUAGAUCCUGAUGAUGUGAUUGUCAUAAAAGACACUGCAUACUUUGACACAGAUGCUGAAAUAACAGUUUAAGAGACAAUUAAUCCAGAAUAAUAAUUAAUUGGAGAAGUUGUUAAGGUCUAAGCUGAAGUUGAGAAAGUGGAUCUCAGCAUUUUCGCUGAUGAUAGUUCCGAUUUAGUUCCAAUUAUUGUUGAAGACACAGAUAAUUAUGUGUAAUCUGAAAUCAUCACUGAUGCAAUCAAGGAUGUAACUGAAAAGGAAAUUCAAAUAAUGGAGGAGGAUAAGAAUUUAGGAGAAGCUGAUGUUGAUGUUUAAUCCUUGAUUUCAGAUUAAGUAGAGAUCAAUGCUAAUUAAAUAACUAAGAAUAACAUUGUCUAAGAUGACUAUCCUUUGGAUUAUGACUAAAUGGAAACUGAUGUUAUUUAAAAUAAUAGUUUAAAUAAUGAUGGUACUAAUUUUGAUUAAUUCCAAUCCUAAUUAGAUGAGUUAGCAAAGGAACUUGAUAAUCUCAGUUUGGAAUAACCAUCUUAACCUACUUUGGAAGAACCUAAGGUUAUUGAUACUCAAUAGAGUGAGGUUACUGACACACAAUAGAGUGAGGUUAUUGACACACAAUAAAGUGAGGUUAUUGACACUCAAUAGAGUGAGACUACAAAGGAAGAUCAACAAUAUUUAACCAUUGUUACUAAUAAUGAUUCUACAAUUACCAACAAUGCUUCUGAUGAUGAUUAUUAUUUGGAUGAUUUAGAUAAUGAGUUAGAUUAAAUUAUUUAACAAUAGACAAAUGCCUAAUAGGAACCUGCAGUUUAAGAAUAGGUAGUUUAAUAGGGCAACGAUAUUGAAUAGAAAGUUGAAGUGAUAUAAAACUAAGAAGUUCAAUCAAACGAUUAAGUUGAUGAAUAAAAUAAUUAGGAUGAAUAAUAAACUAUUAAAAUUAAUGAUGAAGUGACAUCUAAUCAAAAUCUUGAUGCUGAUGAAAAUCUUAAUAAUUAUGAUGAUGAUUAUUAUCAACUGGACAAUUCAAAUGAAUAAGAUGUUCAAUCAGAUGUAUAAUAAGAAUAAACUGAAAAACAAGAAACUUAACAAGAUGAUGCUUAAUUAGAAGAUUAAGAAUUAGAAAAUGAAGAGAUAUACGAAAGUUAAGUUUAAUCCAAUGAAGAGGCUGUUGUUAGUGAUGGAGUAAUGGUCUAUACUGGUGAUUCUAAUGGUAGUGAUCAAGAAUCUGAUAUUAAUAAAGAUUAUGAUCUCUCAUUUGAAGAUACAAGUUCAUAGGAAAAUGCAAAUAUCGCAAAAGAUGAUUCAGUUAAAUAGUAGGAGGGAAACACUACACAAGAUUAAUAAUCAUAGAAUGUUGAAGCAAAUUAAGAAAUCAAAACAUAAGUAAAUGUAGAUAAACCAGAUUAAUAAUAAGAAGUAGCCUAAAAUCAAGUCGUUGAGUAAUCAGAGUAAAAUCAAGUCGUUGAGUAAUCAGAGAAUUAAAUACCUGAAAAUAAGGUAGAUGUUAAUUAAUAAGAGAUUUAAGCUGAUGUUAAUUAAUAAGAGAAUUAGGUAAGUGUUAAUUAGUCCAAUUCUGAAGAACCUUAGAAAUAAUUAGAAUCUUAAUAAAAGAGCUUAUCUGUCUCAAAAGUAGAAACUGAGGCUUAAUCUAACAUCCCUACUUAAUAACCAGAACAACAGGGAUAAUAAUAAAUAGACGAAUAAGUUGAUGAAUAAGAAAACGAAAUUACCUUAGAAAAUGCAGCUGCAUCUGAGGAAACCAAAUCUGAAGAUCUACCUAAGGUUGAAAUCAAGAAGAAGUAGUUGUUGAAAAAGAAUAUUACUAUAAAAGAGGAAGCGGAUAACAUUAUUACUAACGAAGACAUCAAUGGAGAAGGAACUGUUCAAGAGGAUAAUAUAGAAGUUUUCUAUAAUGAUUCUUAAAUGCCUUAAGUUGAAGCAGAUGAAAACUUAGAAGUUAAAUCUGAACCAGAAGUUAUUGAGAAUCUUGAAGACUUGAAGGAUUGCAUUGAAAAUGACGAGGACGAGCAUACCGUUGAAAAUAAGGAUGGGGUUGCAUAGGAGAAGAAUGAGAAGAAAGAAAAGCAUUCAAUAAAAGUUAGUAGGGAAUAGAAACCAUAAAAUAAGUAGUAAGAUAAAUCUUUGAAAAUUGAGUAAAAUGAAAAAUAAACUAAAUUUGAAGAACAAUUACAUCAGUAGAUUAUCAACAAAAAGCAAAAAGAGAAAUAAUAGUUGAGUCAUGAAGAGUAAUUUGAUUAGAUUGUUAAUGAAUUAGUUCAUGAAUUAGAGGCAUCAACUAAUAAAAGAGUUGAAACUAGAGAUCAAGAAUAAUAAAUUUAUUAGGAUAUUAAAAAGAAUGUGGAAGAACUUAGAUAGAUUCACAAUAGUGAUGAUGUCAUUGUGAAAAAGAGGGUAGAUGUAGUUGAAUAAGAUGUAGAUGCAGUCACUGAUGAAAAAAAUAAGGAUAAGGAAUUCUAAUAGAAAAUUGAAGAACUAUUGAGAACUUAAAAAGCUUAAGCUGCAUCAAAGAACAAAAUUAAUGAUGGAGAAAGGUAUUAUUUGGAUAAACCUGUUAAUUAAGCAGUGAGUGAUUAUGAAAAAGAAUUGAACUAAAGAAAAUAAGAAGUUAUGGAAAAGAUUAAGAAUGAUUUGUAAAUCAAGAAGGGCAGAUUCUCAUAGGACAACUAGAAAUCUGAUAACUUAUCUCCUUAUGAAUUCGAAAGAAUCUACUUGGAUUGGACCCAAAAUAAAAAUGAUAUCAUAUCUAGUAUGUUAUCUCAUGCAUCAGGUUCAGAAGUGUAAUUGGAAUCAUCAAUCUCAGAAGAACCAGUAGCUAAAGUUGAAAGAGUAUCUAAAAAGCAAGAAGUUGAAUAAGAAAUCCAAGAAUUGUUCUCAAAUUAUAAACCAAAUAAACAACAAAUAAAGAAAAAUGGAGGUAUAAUAAAUAUUAUAUAAUCACUCUAGAUUCAUACGAAACAAGUUUUUUGGCAGUCAAUCAGCAAGUCAAGAAAUCUAAGAAUUUGCGAGGAAAUAAAAAAUGAUGAAG